AACAGAACCAAAGAAGUAAAAAAAGAACAACCUAAUUUUGGUCUUUCUGGCAAACUAACUGAAGAUGUAAACACAUUUAACGGAGUUGUGAUAAAGUAUGCUGAGCCUCCAGAAGAGAAACCUAAAAGGCGUUGGCGCUUUUACCCCUUCAAAGGAGAAACAGCAAUGCCUACUUUGUACAUACACAGACAAAGUUGUUACCUCAUUGGUCGUGAUCGUAAAGUAGUUGAUUUGCCAGUAGAUCAUCCUUCUUGUUCCAAACAACAUGCAGCUCUUCAAUAUAGAUUAGUUACAUUUCAAAGGGAUGAUGGAUCUACUGGAAAACGAAUAAGGCCUUAUUUAAUAGACUUAGAAUCUGCCAAUGGCACAUAUGUUAACAAUAAUAAAAUUGAACCUAAAAAAUAUGUGGAGCUUUUAGAGAAGGAUGUUAUAAAAUUUGGAUAUAGUUCUAGGGAAUAUGUUUUAUUACAUGAAAACAGCAAAGACGAAACACAAGAUGAUGACAUUGCCAGUGGAGAUGAUUUGCCAGUGAAGAUAAAAAAAGAAGAUGAAUAAAAUUUUAGUUUAGAUUGUAUAUUAAGUACUUAUACUUAUAUGAACAAUA